AUGAUUCACACGUCUGCAUCAGGAGAUUGUGAUCAUAAUGAGUGGAAAAAGACGUCUUCUACUACCCCUCAUCAUCAUCAUCAUCAUUCCAUCUCUUUACAAGCUUCUGGAGACGUACAUGAUGCAACACGUGCGUUGCAAAAUCUUGAUAUUCUACAGCCACGACCUGUUGCUCAUGAUGACGGUGGAAAUUAUCCACCACCAUUACAAUUUAAUGCUUGUUUCCCAGUUGGAACAGCAACUGCUAGUGCUCAUGGACCUUUAGAUCCUGUAUUAGUAGCAGGACUAGAGAAUGCUCGAGAACGAAUGACGUUGCUCAAGUUUGAGGAUCAAAUUGUACGCUUUUUGAAGAAUCCAAGGGAACCACAGCUUCAUUUUCCUCCAUUAUCGUCCUAUCAUCGACUCAUUGUGCAUCGGUUAGCACAACGUUGUGGAUUGGAACACCAGACGGCAGAUUAUAACUCAUUUGAGAAUGGAUCGGCUCGAGUUGUGACACUAUUCAAGACGAUGCAGUCAGCUGUGCCACGUAUAUUACUCAUUGAUCUCUCAGUGGAUCGACAGACACCGACAGUAACACCAGCACAUGCUCCGAAAAUUAUGAUGCGGAGACGAAGUGCAUUGAUACCAGGUGCUAAUGGUAGUCGUAAUAACGGUAUGGACAAAGCUACACCUUCUUUACAGGACCGUGAACGUGCAUAUGCUGAGGCACGAGCAAGAAUCUUUGGUGAAGACAAUAGUAGUAACAGUAGUACGGCAGUAGAGUCAGGAUCCUUGUCAUCUCCUUGCUCGACAACAUCACUGGUGCAUGACAGCACUGACAUUGUUGUCAGUACGGAAAAUAAUGAUACGAGACACGAAAGUGUGCAAGCUCCUGGACCAGACCGAGACAGUAGCAAAGGGUUUGAUCGAGGAGGUGCUUUAUCUUGUGGAAAUAGUGGAGUUCAAACGCAAGAUCUUCACUUACCCAAGGAACACGCAAGCCAUAAUGAAAUUGAUAAAUGCUCGCGAGCUUCUCAGCCGAGUGCUACGAAUGCAGCGAGCUGGAAAGAAAGCAAAGUAUUAUGGCGAAAUCGCGAGCAAGAAUUGAACGACCCAGACUUUACUCGGAACCAUGACGCAUUCCGCCUUCGUUCCAGUGGUGAGACACCGAGUGGAAGUGGAAGCGGAGGUGAGUCUCCAUACCAUAGCAACCGCUUUGGCAUGCGAUUUGGACACGGCGACUUUCACGACCGAUCCUAUGAUCGACCCUAUGGCUUCCAGUAUCAACAGACUGGCAGUGCACCGCUCCCUCAGCCUCCUCCGCUGCCCAUGUCCAUGGUCUCGCCAGGACGCGGCCGACUCCACGUUGGCGAACCCGAUUAUAACAAUAGAGUAGACGCCAAACUUUGUCAAAGGUCUCCGCACCAGCAAUACCAUGCGCAACAGCAAUUUCAGCAACAUCAGUCGAACCUGCCGCCGUCCAUGAUAAUGGGACGCGGUGGGUACGGGUACCCUUCACCCCAAGGUCGUCCAUUUGCACGACAGGGAAACUGGGUACCACCCCAUGCUAGCACUCGCGCAGUGGGUAACAGCGGGUUCAUCGCAGACGAGUUCCCUCCGCUGGGCAAGUAA